AUGGUCGCUGAAAUGACUCCCCCGGAUUUUGUGAAUCGCAUGGAAAAGGUUCCAGCGCCAUAUCUGAGUGAACAAUAUGGCUACACCAAAGACGGACUGUCUUGCGCGAUGAUUUCCUGGAUGCUGGACCUUAAUGUCAGAGCAGCCAUUAAGAAGCGCGAGCUUCAACGGACAUAUCAGAGAAUGUGUCUUUACAUCAAGCACAUGGAGCGCCUCAUGGAUCAAGCCAACAUCAAGUUUGAUGCCUACACCGGCGCAGAAGACGGCCGAAGAAUGAGAAUUGCCAGAGAGACUUUUAAACCUCAGUUGAAGGCCAGGUUCAUGACUGCAGCCCCGUAUCCAGUUACGGCUCCUAUCAGCACUGACGGAGAGCUCUGCAGAAGCGUAUCCGAUGCGCAGACUUUUGAAUACAAGCUUCACCAGUUGGAAAUCCUUCGGUAUAUGGAGAGAAUUGACGGGUCGGCAUUGACUGAUUUCGAGACAUGUGCGAGGCAGGCCAGACCUGAAACAGGCUAA